UCAUCUGUUUGGCUCAAAAGCUCUGCAGCUACAAGUUACUAUGGCCAGCAGCACUGAUGCUGUCAAUAGAAGCAUUGCUUGUUGACUGUACAUUUUAAAAAAUAAAAAUGAAAGAAACUUACUCCUGACACAGUGUGUGAAAUUGGCCCUGGCGAAGUACACUACGCAUUUUCAUUGAGCAUCUGUACUUCUACUCUAAUGCAACAACAUGUGAAUCUCAUGCAGCCUUAAUGUAAACUGAUGCCAGAGAAUCAGCAUGCGCACCUGGAUCAAUGUCCAAAAUCACACCCGUUGCAUUCCACACGUCAUCAUCGUCAUUGUGAUCUUCAUCCAUUGUUCCCUUAGUGAACUGAUAAGCAUCUCUCUCAUAUUCACAUAUCACUGCAAGCUUCUAUUUUUUCCUGGACUGUCGCUAAUUUGAAACGUGAAUAGACCAGAGUACACACAUCAAACAGAUUCCCUCAAACAAGGACGACCAUAUCUACAGGGCCGUGACUAAUACACUAAGCUCGGCUAAUUAGCAUUCCAUUGAGUGCGCCCCCUUUAAAUUAAACAUCCCCUUGAAUUAUAGCUACAGAUUAUGCUGUCGCCAUGUCGCUCUAUUCCCUCCCUGAGUAAAAAAAAAAAAAAAAAAAAAAAGCGCCUGUGAAUAUUGUUGUGGCGGCUGUCUACGUGUUAAAGGGUGCACUGCAAAGCUGGGAAUGGAAACUAGGGCAGGAUGUAGGAAGAGGAGGGGGCGACGGGGGGUAUCAUGACUCUGUUCUAUAAAUACAUUAGAGCAAAAGUGCUGCCAGCCUAAAGCUUCUUGGUCUAAUAUUGAAUGUACAGAUCAGGAUUUAUGUGAAGAUGUUCGGCUAAUUAGGAACGUAUUGCUGUUGCUCUUGUCUUUAAUAAUGGAGGUAAAACAAAUCAUUCUCAUGCUGAAUUUUCACUGUUAUGUCUCGCUGGAAAUGAGUCUGCGCGCUUCUUAAUGGAGGGUUGAGGGUUUACAUUUCCAAACAGUGACCAUGUCAUAUGUCCACACGCCUGAUAUGUAAAUACCUGACAGAGAAAUAAGACACAGCGCCUGAGGCGGCAAAGCUGUCUUCCAUUACUCACCGUGUUGCUGAUUAUAAUCAUAAAACUCUGCAGAUAUCCGGGCGGCCUCCUUGCGGUUCCCACGUACGAUGUAGAAAUAUGUCAGCAAGUUGAGGGAGAUCUUAACGAAGAGCUUGAAGCAGAACAGUGCCAAGAUGCUGAGGUAAACAUUGGACAACUGGGCCGCGAAGGGCUUGCUUGUGAGUUCCCCUGUAGGGUCUGACAUUUCCUCCAGCAAACCUUGCAGAGGGGGCUUUGCUUCCGAUAAAGGCAGGAUCAGUUGCCACUUGAACUGUUUUUUUCUCCCUUCCGCCUGCUGAGCUGAGAGCUUGGUUUGUCCUGACAAAAGUUUACUGCAGCUGCUACUGUGCCCGCGAGCAAACUACUGCUCUGUUAAGGCACAAUGUGUGGGUGGGUGUGUUCAUGCCAUCAUAUUUAAAUUUUCUAUACAAUAGGUCGAGUUACAGAUGCUGCAAAUGUGAAACAAAAGUUCUUGCUACUUGAAUACGUUUUUUUUCAUUCUGUAAAAUGUCAUAUUUUUCAAGUAUAAUAUCAAUUCUUAAAUGAUAGUGUUUGAAUAUUAUUUUCACCUUUUGUGCCUCUUAUACUCACAAUACAGCCACAGAAUAAAGAAAUAAGUUUGCGGUUCAGUUUGGUACAUCUAUCAGAUAAGACAAACCUUUAUUUGUUAGUCAUAUACACAAUGACCGCACUGACGUUUCGACACUGAGACUCUCUCAGAGGGUGAGUCACAGAACAAGUGGUUUUAGAUUCUGACAGCAUCAACAAGGAAAGACCUGCGCUUACUCUCUUUCACUCACAUAUGUUUGUAUCGCUAUCCCUCAUUGGUUUGGUUUAAUGGUUUCCUUAGCCUCUCACCCAAAACCUAGCCAUACAAAACAAUUGGCUAACCUUAACCAGGACACUAAACUAAGCGUUAACCUAGUUAUUGUGACGUCUUCAUCCUCAUGUUGCGUCCCCACAAAGGCACAAUAUCCUCAGAGGAGGUGUUUUGUCAAGAAUUGGUCCCCACAUUAAAGGAUAAACCAGUAACACACGCCGGCGUAUGUAUUUUUUUCAUAUAGUUUUGCAUCACAAUACAUCACAAGAAAAAUAAAAACAGACAAUGUUUACCAAUAUAUCAUAUAUGCAGUGACCAUGAAGAUUAUAAAUCUAUAUAAAACUCAAUUUUUUUGGAGCAACCUUAAAUAUCCUGUGUGGAGACAUUUUAACUAUCCAGGUUGUUUGCCUGGUAUAGAAACUUAAAAUGGGUCCAAUUGUGCCCAUUUUUAAUCAAAUCUCACAUACAAAUCAAAAUAAAAUGUUUGUGUUUUCAAAGUUAUACAAAGUAAUGUUCAUAAAAUGCCUGCAUCGCCCAAAACACACCAUUUAACAGUGAAAGAGCGACACUGGCUGACAACAUAUCAAUUACCAAAGCUUUUACCUUAAAUCAGCUGAUACAAACCUGUUAUGUUGUGUCGUGAAAACAAAUGGCAAGAUUAGUGGCUGCAGUUCAGCAUGUAAAGUUGUGCGACUUCACACUCCUGAAAGAGAUCAUUUGAAGUGUGCAGCAUCUGUUUGUCAAUAUGUCCUCUCCCUCUCUCAAUUCAUAUGAUUGUGCUCAUUCUUAUUGCUUGCAACAAAUAAGUUAUCCAUUCCACUUUUAUUCAUCCCAAAAUAAGUAAGGAGUAAAAGUAAAAAUGAGCAAUGGUGAAGUAUUUUCACAAGUGAAGAUGUUUUUUUUUCAACUUGUGUUGAGAAAAAGAGAAAAAAAAUCUCCUAUUUACAAAACAAUAAACCUAAUCGUGUCAUUUAUGUGUCAAUAGGUAACCAUAUUUAUUUUUUUAAAAUAGCAAUAUUUUAAAUGUUAUUACGUAAUUGUUCAUUUGACAAUAAAGGAGGAUUAUGACCAUUUCAUUAAUGGCAAGAAUUAACUUAUAGUAGGAAAAACUUUCCGGUUAGUCGGUGGCGCAUGCGCAGUGGAAGCUUCACAGGCGAUGCAGAACUUCCCUCCUCAAAUCGGUGAACGAUUUUAACGUUAGUCCCGACAAAAUGCCAGGCUACCCGUUGUACAUGGUCAUAUUAGCAACUCUCUCCUCUUUUACUUUCCGUCCGUGCUGCCCUGAACUGUGGGUGAACGAGUUAAGUGGAUCUUUCAGCGACUUCUGUCAGAGCAAGUACAAAGACGUUGCCCUCUAUCGUCUCUGUCUCCAGAAUGUGACAGAGCGUCACACAUACCUGAACUCAUUUUCCAACACGGCCCACUCGGCUCAGUACGGCAUCAACCAGUUCUCCUCCCUCACUCCGGAGGAAUUCAGAGAUGUCUACCUGCGGACAAUCACUGACAGUGCGCCUCUCUUCUCUGGUCCAAAGGCAAAAGGGCUGCCGGCCAGAUUUGACUGGAGGGACAGAUCAGUAGUGGCUCCUGUCCAGAACCAACAAGCAUGUGGCAGCUGUUGGGCCUUCAGCGUGGUUGGUGCAGUGCAGGCAGCAAACGCCAUCACAGGAUCCCCGCUGCAGCAGCUCAGUGUUCAGCAGGUUGUUGACUGCUCUUUCCUAAAUCAUGGUUGCAAUGGAGGGUCCCCAACCAAAGCUCUAACAUGGCUUCAGCAGACUCGAGUGAAAUUAGUGCCAGAGUCGGAGUAUCCAUACACAGGCGAGACUGGCAUCUGCCGAUUUUUCUCAGACUCACAAGCUGGCGUUGUUUUACAGAACUUUACUGCACACAAUUUCAGUGGUCAAGAGGAGGCAAUGAUGGGUCAAUUGGUGAGUCACGGCCCCUUGACUGCCAUUGUGGACGCAGUGAGCUGGCAGGAUUACCUGGGAGGAAUCAUCCAGCAUCACUGCUCCAGCCACUGGUCCAACCAUGCUGUCCUGGUGGUUGGAUAUGACACAACAGGAGAGAUUCCCUACUGGAUUGUGCAGAACUCCUGGGGAACCACAUGGGGCAAUGCUGGAUAUGUCUAUGUAAAAAUUGGUGGGAAUUUGUGUGGCAUUGCUGAUUCUGUAGCGACUGUAUUUCUGUGAAUGGCUCUCCCAUUAGACCAGAAUGUUUAGAUAUAGCUUAAAUAUCGACUUAAUAAGUCAUUUACCAUGAUGUCUUGUGUGAUCACAGCACUGUUAUGAAGAGCAAAACACUGCACAAAGUAUCUCCCACUACAAGGUCAUACACAGACAUGUCAUUUAUUGGUCGCUGCAUAAAUACAUCAAAUACUUAAUAUAAUACUAUACAAAGCAACACUAUUAACAGUAUAUACAUGAGUCAUGGUGUAAAAUCGCACCAUAGCAUUGACUAAAAAUGACUAAUGCGAUUUGAAAUAUGGUGCGAUUGUGGGGAAAAAAAAACAAAAAAAAAAAAAAACGCCUGCAGUUUGAUCACUGCACUCUCUCCCCCAGCCAUUCACUUUCAGGUCAGCGGUGGCGCAUUUGCAUAAUUUGAUUGAUGAAAAAAAAUCAAAGCCAAUCUUAUCAAGGUGCCAUCUGGUGUACUUUGUGACUGGUCAAGAUUAGAGAUUAGAGCGCUGUUAAUUUGGUCCGUUUGAUUUAUGCAGGGCAAGAUAACAAGUCCGCAGCUUUGAAAUGUGAUAUUUCGACCGUCAGUAUCUGUUUGUAAUGAACUUGUCAGCUUUUGUCUGUGAAUAAAGAUAAUGUUGCUUUUGAUUCAUUAAUAUUUCAUUUGCUUUAAUAUUUUUGCCAUUAUGGUUCAUCAUUUCUGUCAGGUCAGAGCUAACAGUUUACAUGUGUUUAAUGAGACUCUGGGAAAAGUGAAUAAACAAACAGAAAUUUUAUUCUGUGUUUUGUUUGACUUGUGACUUGUUAUUACAAAUCCAUUAAUGUUUAAUAUGUCUAACAAUUCACUUAUUCUAAGGAUAGUCAACUAUCCAUUUGAUAAUUUAUAAUGUAAACAACUGCAUACUGUAGAUUCGAAAAUUUCAAAACUUGGAAUUCAUGAGGGGUUAAAAAUGAUAUAUUUACUAGGAGUCCACUUGUUGACGGACUUAUCGGUCAGAACGUAACAUGUUUUUUGAUGUGUGGUAAGUAGGCACAUUUUAUCUGUAUUCUGAUGUUGUGAUUUGUGUUUACGGGGGUUGACUUGCACAAAAAUGCACUAAGUUUCAUUGGACUCCAUUAUGUGGUAAUUAGUGGCAAUAUUCUGUAUUUUUGGUAACAUCAGCUUUCUUGUCACCUGAGCAGCGCUGCCUUUCUGUGACCAACGGUUUGAGAGUCAGUGUUGCAGAUGAAGGAAGCAGGACGGGUGAAAGACGGCCAUUAGUCGGAGUCCUCGCUGCUGAAAUAGGAGCUGUCACAGCACUCAGCCGUGUAGAGAAAGGUGUGUAGGUUGGGAUUCAUCUUGGGUAGCCAGUGGCGAGGAACCAGGAAUGUGGCCAAGUUGAAGAGGUCCACAAACACUUUGUAGCGGUCACUGCAUGGCAAGGUAAAUAUGUCAGUUUUUAUAAUGCCGUCUCAUUAAUAUCCAGAUAAUCCUGAGAGUUUUAGCAAAGUUUUACUCCAUUAAAUGUUGCAAUAAUGGUUCAAUUUAUCAUCAUUUGAAGCCUAUAUUCAUUACUUAUAUGAUAUACCUUGUUUAAAAAAAAAAAGGCCAAUAAAUGAGGCUUGUAAAUGUGUGUUCUUUUAUCACUUGUCCCCAUGCACAUUGUUUUUUAUUUCAUGUACAGUCAUAUGUAAUUGAAUUAUGUAAAUGCAGCGCAUUUGAUCCCAGUUUAUUUUUUUAAUUCUAUAAAUUCUACAAAUUGAAAUUUUAUUCUAAUAAAUUAAAUUUCUUAAAUUCCGAAAAAGUUAGCAACGCUAUACCUCUUAUAACCCAAGUGUCAAUUUUAAUAUGGAGGAUCAUGCCAUGAAAUAAAUUGUUCGUUUCAGUACCUGACUGUGGAUCUCAGAUAAUGGUAGCCAGACGAUCCUCCUGUGCCGGCUUUGCUGCCGAUCAUGCGGUGCACCAUGCACACGUGAUUGUCUGUUGCAAAAACAAGGCUGCUGUGAGUACAUUUAAUUUGGGCGGUAAACACUGAAGCUCAACACACAGACCAGCAGUAGGUCAGUCAAAAAGCAGAACAAAAAGGUAUACACACGGCCAGAUUGAUCUGUAGUUGAUUCCCCAGUAUUCCCCUGAUCCCAAACUAACUUUGUCAAUUACCAGCUAUUUCCCCUGUUAGUCUAGGCUGCCCCUGGGUGCAAUACUGAAGCAUUGAUUUUUAGUUUAUUCCUUCCUGAAACUGAUUUUUUUCCCACUUGUUUUUUGGUGAGUUGCAGCUGGUGGGGAAGCUUCUCUACUCACAUCUCCAUUUUGUCAUGAGAGUGUCGAUGUCCAUGAGGGAGGUGAGCAGCUGGAAUGGAACCUGGAACCUCGGCUCUUCCCUG